UACUCCAGGACAACUUAGCUCUGUGUCCUUGUUACAGCUGGCCCAUCAGACUGUAUCUUAUGGCUUUGGUCGACUAGAUUUAGGUGUGUGAUGUGAGGCCUGUGAAUACAGGCCUAAUUGUCGUGUACAGUGGAAAAAGCAGUUGCUGCUGUUGUGUGAAGGACAAUGGACGAUCCUGAGGACGGAAUGCUGUGUGACACGCCCCCUCUGAUCCAGAUCAAACAGGAGGUGACUGAGGAAAUGAUGAUGGCUGACAUGUUGCCCACGCACACCAAGCGAAAGAUCAAGUGCAAGGAGGACAAAAUAUGUAAGGUGUGUGGGGAUACAGCUCUCGGCUACAACUUUGAUGCCAUCACCUGCGAAUCCUGCAAGGCUUUCUUCAGGAGGAAUGCUACGCGAGAAAAGAAAAUGAAAUGCCUUUUCCAAGGUAACUGUGAUAUAACUGUGAAAACGAGAAGAUUUUGCCCUCAUUGUCGUUUGAUGAAAUGUUUUAACAUGGGCAUGAAAAAGGAUAUGAUAUUAGAUGAGACUGAGAGAAAGGCGCGUAUGGAGAAGGUGACUCAGAAUCGUCAGAAGCGGGCCAAGCGGGUGUCAUGUCAGUCUCUGCCCGACACGGAUAUUCUGGACACCAGUGAUGUAGCCUACUCCCCUCCCAGCACCAGCACCGGCAGUCCCACCAUGACGACAUAUGCUUCUGACAAAUCCGUCUCCAGUUAUCAUCAAGGCUCCAGCCAUACUGUUCAUCCCGUGUCAAACGCGGCGCUACCAGCCGACCCUCUGUUGUACCGUCAGCUGACCUCCUCAGAGAGUGUGCUACUUGAUGAGCUGAAGGUAAUGUACGAGACAACGCUGGGAAGCUUUCACUAUGAUUCUUAUUUCGGGGAGUCAGAAAACUACGCCAAUGUCAACCAGUUGGUCAAUAACUCGGAAGUCUGUGUCAGAAAGCUGAUAAAAUUUGUGAAGAAGUUAGAGGAUUUCCGGAUGCUGAGUCAGGAGGAUCAGAUAACGGCACUGAAGGCGUGUGUGCUAAACACUCUAUUGCUGCGCUCUGUCUUCUUUUACAGUAUAGAAAAGGACGCCUGGCUCACACCUAGCGGAGAUAUUCCUACGGACAUUCUCAAGAAGGCGACAGGUUUCCACAACCUGCAUGAUUCCCACAUCCAGUACUGUAAGACUGUCAAGUCAUUAGUACGGGACAAUCUGAAAAUUUUAGGUGUUCUCCAGGUGGUGAUUGUCUUUAAUCCUGAUGGUCAGGGAAUAACUCACCGUGAGGCUGUGGCAGACAUACAGGACAAGUAUGUGAUCUUACUCAAGCACUACCUAGAGUCAGAAUUCUCCUAUUCCCAUGCUAAAGAGCUCCAUCCACAACUGCUGCUGAAAAUAGCCGAACUUAAGGGACUUAGCGAGGAACAUGCUAAAGUCUUGCUUCAGGUUAACCCUCAUCAGAUUGAGCCGCUUUUGCUGGAGAUCUUCAACCUGAAGAUGUGAAUGUGCUAAGUGAUUGCAAGGACUUACCAGACAUUUGUAUACACAUACAUGUAUAUGUAACUGUUGCUGGGGUUUUACUACAAGCAGAGUUGGGAACGGAAACCUUAGCUACAAUUAGAAGCUGCCAGCAGCAGUAGAUCUGCUGUCAAUUUGUCUCUAUAAUCAUUCUUUCAAUGGCAUAGUGGACUUCAGACAUCCCAUUUGCAAGAACAUUCUGGCACACAGGUGAUAGGCAUAUAAUUGAGGCUUACCACUUGAGCAAAUUGCUGUGUUCUCUCCUGUUGUCUUACCAGAAUGAGUUAACCAGCUGACUUGACACUGUUUCUUCUUCCUAUGUUGUCAUAAUCAUAGUAAACAAUAAUCCUUGUCAGAGGUUGCAAUUUGAACGCAGAAAUGGUUAGCUCUGUAGGUAAUGAUUCCAGUGCUGUUGUUCAUUUCGUUAUUUUAUUAUUUUUUUUUUUUUUUGUCAGAUGCGUUUGAUAUACUUUUCUCUGAUCUUGAUUUAUGUACAUGUAUGUACGUCAUCUUUUUUGUUUCUUUCUGUAAUGUCUACUCUGUAUGGGCCAUAGCUGUGCCACUGUCAGAUGGGCGGGAUGAAAAGAUGGUGUCGUCCAUGCACUGUUUCAGUAGACUGGUACGUGUAGAUCAUUAUCUGUGUUAUUGUGCUGACAUAGAUGUGCAUGUACAUACACUUGUACAACUGUUUCCAACGUAUCCAAGGAUUAUUUCCAUGUUGUUAUUUUUAUGCUUGUAAUAAGGUUAUUGUUAUGUGACAAAGUCACAUGGGUAGAAACACUCAAGGUAUUUUUAUCAUCAUUGUUAGUGCUUGAUUAACAUGUUAUGAAAUCUAUCAUAAACAUGUGUCUAGUGCCAUAUUUUGUCUCAUUUUAGUUCCGUCGUUAAUGGUGUAUUCAUUUAUAUAUCUUCAUGUUUUUAGUUGAUUAUAGCAUAUACAAAGUAUCCAUUUGUUGUUCGUUUUGCAGUUUGCAUUCUCAGUAUCAGUCAGACAUGUACAUGUAUGCGGUCCAGCUUUUAUACAGUUUAUAUGCACCCAAACUGUUGCUUAUCUUCUUUCUUUCAUUAUAAUUCUUGUGCCACAAACCUGUGCUUUUCCUAGGGUUAACACCACUUAUCUUAUCGAUGAACUUGUGGUUCAUGUUAUAUGGCUGAUAGCCAGAGCAAUGUACAUUUGUGUUGAUGUGUACCAGGGUACAUGUACAUGUAAGUAAUCUGUCACCUUGUCCCAGAAAAACAAUAGAAUCUAGACCUUAAACAUGUCUAGAUACACAUGUACAUGUCACGUGUACAUGUACGUGUACACGUGUGUACACGUGCACGUACAUGUCAUUCAUACCAUUUUUCAGGUUGUUUCUGUUGAAUUACAUGUAUUCAAUAGUUAUAUACAUGUAUGCACUUGUGUAUGUAAAGUUACAUGUUUUUGAAUUAAUCUUAAUAAAUUCCUCCUGAAUUCCCACAGUACAUCAGGUCAGGAUUAUGUUUUACUAUGAGUUUCACUCCAUAGGGAUUUCAGUUUAGCAUAAUUUUGAGGUUAAGCAGCUCCUCUGUCAUUCUGAAAUUGUUUACAUUGUAACAGAAAUACUGUAUGUACACAUGUACAUGCAAUUUUUUUUCAGGUUGUCUGAGUUUUGAAAGUUGUUUUAGUUCUGUGAGAUAAACCCUGUGGAAUAUGUUUUUUUCGUGGCAUCAUAAUGUACAUUUACCUCAGCUUAAUCAUUUUAUUUGUUUUGGAUAUUUGACAUUUAUAAUUACGAUAUGUUAACUUUGUUAAUGACUGAUGCAAUUGAGGUUUUAUAGGGUUACUCAGCCAAAUUAUGUAGGCAAUAAGGUGAUCUUGAUCAUUUAUGGUGUUACUACUGACUGUAUGUUACAUACAAAUAAGAUAUGAUAACCACUAGAGUUUGUCUCUCUAACAUGACCAGCUAUGUUCACUGACACUGUUAGUAAUCCAUUUGUUGCCAAAGAGGAACAUGUUCAUUCUGCUUCUCUAACUCGCACAGAGUACAUGUUUUUUUCUGCGCAUUAGUCAAGAACAUGUACAUGUAUAUGUGGGGAAACCUGUCUUUUUUAACUUAUAGCAAUGUUUGGCACAAAUUUGAUGUAUGCUUUCAGUUUAACCUUCUCUAGAAAUUUACAUUGGCAUUCACAAUGGUCGUAAAGAACAAAACCAGUCCAUUACCAAAUAAGUGUGUAAUUUAAAACAGCUAGCCAAAGUCAGUGUUAAUAAACUGGCGUGUUUUGGGUGGGGGGUGGGGGCGUUGGCAUAUGGCUAUUAAAUUGGGCGUAUGAAAAUUGAACAUGGUGAUUGCCACUUGUUGGUCUGCUUAUAUUCAAGUCAUUUGUUCAAGUGGUUUUUGAAGAAAUGGGUAUGUGGAUGUUUUCUUUUUAAAAUGUAAACCCAGAACAGUAGUGUGCUUGCAGUGACUUUUCUCUGCUACAUGUACCUAACUUAUUCUCAAACUAACCUAGGCUUUGCGCGUGUGUAUUUUGUAAACAUGCAUUAUUAAUAUACAUGUACUUGUUUCCAGUUCCUAGGUGUUUGUCAGACUGCUUGGUUGAGCUAUUGUGCAGCCAUCCUUAAAGAUGCAGUUCUGUUUAAAAGAAUUCAGACUUAUGUCUUGUCAAGUAAAUAGAUUGCCUUUAAUAUACACGAUGGUUGAAAAACUUGCUCUAAAAAGAAAGUGCUUUAAUUGCAGUUUUCUCACAUGCUUAAUUUGACACUUGGUUGCUCACAGUCUUAUACCAGCAUCUAUAUGGAAAGAAAGUUUAUACAAGAUGACAGGUGUAUACUUUCUAUAUGAAAAUUAAUAGUUCUUUGGGUCUUUUGCUUUCUUUGGUGAAGUGCUUCAAAUGUGUGAGUACUAAUUAAGGCAGACUGUAAUACUAUAGUAUGUAUUCUGUUGAUACUGUUACGAUGUACCUCAUGGUGGUUUACUGUGAUACAACGCUGAACCCUUCAGAUGGAUAGUAAUUCAGGUGUAACACAUGCAUGACAUUGGCGGGAAAAUGUCUGUCAAAGUAGAUUUCAGGUGUUUAGUAUCUGUCCUGGUGCAUUUGAGAUGGUAGUAUGACAUACUUUUUGGUGUUUCUGAAUGUCUGGCAUUUGUAUUUUAAGGAAAAUUGUGAAGGAAUUCAGGAGCAAUACUUUUGUUUAAAAGAAAUUUUUUCAGUUAAAUUCCUCAAUACCAAAAUGGGUGUAUUUGACUCAAAAUGCCCUAUAUCUGUAAUUAGCUGUAAUCUGUAAUUUGAAGUUCAUACAUCUGAUUUGUGUGUGUCAAGAGAACAAUUUCCUGUAAAUAUAUUUGUUAAUUUGUAACACUUUGUCUAUUCUCAUAUGUAUGUACAUAUAUUUAAUUUUAAAGGCAUUUCCUUUCUCUGUAUCUGCUCAGUGCAUACGUUGUCAGUAUAGUGCUAUGUGUCAGGGGAUAAGGUGUGAGAACAGGUGGUAUUUCCUUCUGUCUCAGUGCUAGGCUGUGUAUUUAUAGUAAAUCGGAGAUUGAAAGUGACAUUUUCAGUUGGGUUAUAUAUCUAUAGGUGAAUUUGUAUAGGGCAGAGAUGUUCUGUAAAUGUUGUGCCAUACGGAGACUGUACUGUCUACAGUUUAAAGAUUUAUGAUAUUCUAAAAUAAAUUUAUCCAUGAAUACCAUAUAUACAUAUAUACUUAUACAUGCGUAACUUUAGUAUCCAUAACUUCAGUGCCUGAACGUUGCCUUAUUGGGGAGAUAUUUUUAAUAAUUCUCAAGUGUUCCUGAUUUUGUGUUGGGAACAUUGUAAAUAGAGGGUUCUUGUUCAUUAGUAAAAGUAGAAACUAUCUUCAAAGUAUGUGUGUCACGUAGUAGAACAGUUGUAAAACUAUAUGUAUAGGUGUGAACCAGUACUCCAAGACCUCACCCAAUAUCUGACAGGAAUGACAUAUUCAUGUUUAGCUUUAUUUUCAGUUUGAAACAUGUUAUAGAUAACUCUGAAAAUGUUUUAUAUUAUCUUUAGGCGAUUGCAAUUUCAAAUUCGAAUGUUAAAUCGUAAGUUUUCUUAAGUCAUUUCUAGGAAUUUUACAUAGCAAUGCACACAUUCAAAAACAAAGAAAAAAACAAACAACAAUAAAAAAAUACAAGGGGGUGUCAAAGGUGAUCUUUAUUCAUUCAUAUGAUGUCAGAUAAUGCUGUCAGUUUAAAGAAAGGGCAGUGGAAACUAUUUACCCUUAAAUGACCAUUUCAGUGAACUAUCACCAGAGAGAAUGUACCACCCACUGACGAGUGUAUGUAACUUGACAAGAAGAGAUUACAAUAGUCUGACUGUCUGAUGUUGGAGAACCACACAUUUUGUGGUUUGGAAAUACCCAGCGUAAUUUUUGUGCUGAUUGUUUUAUUCUAUUGCACACAGCUUGACAAAUUGUUUUUAAACUGACUACCUAACUAUUUUUAUGGAAUUCUGUAUCUCUUGUGGAAUUACAACAUAGACAUUCGUAUAAUUCUUCAUAAUGUAAGUUCUUCUUCUGGUUUUGCUGCUUGCCAGUUGGUCCAAACAGUGUGUGGAACAUCUUGUCAGAUAAGUUGAGAUUUCUCAGGUCAAGUGCAGCAUAUUAAGAAAAUUAGAGAAUAUUUUAGGUUGCAUGAUCAGGAUGGAACCACUUGCAUAUUAUGAUUCUAUGCUUUGAUAUUUUCAUGCAUCCUGUGAUGUAAUCUAAGAAAUAGUAAAACAUGGUUUGUAAUCUCACUCUCCAGAUGUAACUGUGGGAAGAGACCUCAGUGAGAGACGCCAUGCUAGAUUUGAUCAUUUGAUCUCCGAAUCCGUCGCCUUUAGUGCUGCAGAGACCUAGACUGUGACAAUAUACAAAAUAUGAAUUCAACACUGAUCUAUGUGUAACUGAUACGAUAAAGACGUGUAUACCACAAGCUGUGAAGUGUUUAUGUUGUAUUUUUCUAGACCAACUUAUUUAAUAAGUUUCACAUAUACGCACAAAUAUAAUGAUUUAAUAGAGCACCAGACAUUUACUGGGAGGAUCUUUGUCUGACACAGCAGCCAUAACAUUUAAACAUAUGAAGGUGUGUAUGUUUGAUAAUUGACCUAAAGUUUCCCCCAUGAAGUACAUCUUACCUGAUUCUGAGAAUUCUGCUGAACUUUGAAAUGUCUUCAAGUUUGUAUGGAAAGUAAGAUGAUAUCCUAGUGGAAAAAAUGUAAGUUUCACUACCAAAAGUAAUAUUUUAUGACAUUUGUCUCUAUAUAAAUGCACUUUUUGGGACAAAAUUUUAGGUAAUUUCAUGUAAUGAUUAUGAAUGCAUUGCUAUUUUCUGUAUGUUUUGUUGAUGAUUGAUGUACUGUAAUUUUCUUGAAGGGCGGCAUUGUUGGAUGAACCUAGAUACUGUUACAGAUGUGAAACAAAAACAUUGCAUAAUAAUAGUAAGCAAAAUGACAUUCACUCACCUCCAUAUUCAGGUAAACAGCCAGGUGUAAUGUGUGUGCAAUACUAGCUAGCUGAAAUGUGAUGGGGUAUUUAUUGUUGUCUAUGAGAUGUUGCUUGUCUCCCUGAAAAUAGUUACUGUUUCCAAUGAGCUAUUAAUAACAACGCUUAACCAUUUGUUUUAGAACAUUGAUUGAUUAACAUAAAGGUGGCUUUUAGGCUUGUGUAUUUUUCUUUUGCUAGCUUGAUUAUAGGCAUAGGAAGCUGGGGGCAUUGCUCCUCCACUUUUGAAAAGUGCCUGACAAUACAUGUACAAGCAGAUCAUUAUAAUGUAGUAUAGUUUUUUCUUUUUCCUAUGCCUUAGUAAAUGACUGGCAAUUCAGUAAAUGCUGAGCAAGGGUAGAGUUAUCUCCCUUGUUUGAAAGUCGCCUGAAGAAGGAGGAAACUGUGUGCAUGCCAGUUUUGUUGAGAAUGCUCUGGACAUGAAGCACUAUAGACCUUUAGUGGCCUAGGUGGCUCGAACCAUUUGCAUCUGGAUCCUUGCCCAGUUUUCUGUGAUAGUCACAAUCUUGGCCCCCCUCCCUGCCCACCACACACACCCACACCAACUUUCUGUGUACUUCCUAUGCCUGUGUAAAGAUGUUGAGGUGUUAAGUUGCAUAUACUGAGUAUGGAUGGCAAGUUUGGUGAUGUCUUCAUUGUAGAUUGUAUGGCCCUAUUGGCAGUCUGUGUUUACGUUUGGGAAUUCUUGAUAUUUAAAGGAGGGAUGUGAUAGUUGGCUGUAUUUUGAAGUUCAAUGGGAAUUAAUUACGUGAUUUGGGUUUAACACUGUUCCUAAGAACUUUCCAUUUACACAAUGGCAAACUGGUUUAUUGGUGGGUGUAGCUUGAGUAAACUACCACCCUUUACUUGUUAGCUGACUAAAUACCUGGGAUGCAUUCUAGCCUUUGACCUCAGUGAUCAAAGAGCAACUUGCUGCUGUGGAAACAAGAUUUGGCUGGAUGAGCCAGCAAGCGCCAAAACACCCUGUUGAUAUUUUAUACGGGCAAAGUUGGCAAAUUAGCUUGUAGCUUUCCAUGAUUGUGGCAUUCCAUUUAUGUUCAGAUAAGUAACUGCUAAACUGUCCAAUGUAUUUGGAUAAUACAGUAGAUUUAUGUAGUAUGAUAUGAAUGUAAUCAAAAAGAAAAUAAAGAAGUUUCAAAUAAAGGCAUGGUUGAAGACCUCACUCCAAAAUCCUAUCAAAUAAAGGGCCAACCAAAAAUCUUAAAAAUUGUAUGGACUCUUAAAUGUUAAAUAUUUUUACAGGAAUGUUUCCUGUUAAACACUUACCAUCACCUUUGAGAUGUGAAAUGUAAGCCUGACAGCUGGGUGUUUUCAGUGAAGGGUUGGCUCAUCAUUGUGGUAUUGCUGUCAGCUUGUAUGCUUACCAAAACCUUUGAGAUGUGAGAUGUAAGUCUGACUGCUUGUGCUCUCAGUGAAGGGUUGGCUCUUCAUUGUGGUAUUGCUGUCAGCUUGUAUGCUUACCAAAACCUUUGAGAUGUGAGAUGUAAGUCUGACUGCUUGUGCUUUCAGUGAAGGGUUGGCUCAUCAUUGUGGUAUUGCUGUCAGCUUGUAUGCUUACCAAAACCUUUGAGAUGUGAGAUGUAAGUCUGACUGCUUGUGCUUUCAGUGAAGGGUUGGUUCUUCAUUGUGGUAUUGCUGUCAGCUUGUAUGCUUACGAACACCUUUGUGAGAUGUAAGUCUGACUGCUUUUGCUUUCAGUGAAUGGUUGGCUCAUCAUUGUGGUAUUGCUGUCAGCUUGUAUGCUUACCAAAACCUUUGGAGAUGUGAGAUGUAAGUCUGACUGCUUGUGCUUUCAGUGAAUGGUUUGCUCAUCAUUGUGGUAUUGCUGUCAGCUUGUAUGCUUACCAAAACCUUGGAGAUGUGAGAUGUAAGUUUGACUGCUUGUGCUUUCAGUGAAGGGUUGGCUCAUCAUUGUGGUAUUGCUGUCAGCUUGUAUGCUUACCAAAACCUUGGAGAUGUGAGAUAUAAGUCUGACUGCUUGUGCUCUCAGUGAAGGGUUGGCUCUUCAUUGUGGUAUUGCAAUCUGCUGAGGCUUUACUUAAAAUAACCGAUGAGGUGCAGGUGGGAAAAUAUUUUUGUUUCAAAAGUUACACGCAGUUUGAAUGUGACAUCUGUUUUUAUUUCAUGACUUAGCUGUUAUGAAAUAUACAUCCCUUAAAUAGGAUUGAUUUGAUGCAUGCACACAAGCUAUUUUAAACUCUAAAUCUCCAGUUCUAUUUAUUGGGUCUGAAUCUUGAGAGGAUUCAAGGUGUGCUAAUUUACAUAUACCUAUACUCUUAUCUUAAAUAUAAUCGCAGUAAAUUAUGACCUACUUCUACUACUUUAAUAAUAAAUGUCUUCACAGCUCAUUAUGUUUGGAUAUACUUUUAAUUCUACCAGCCCAAGUAAUUGCAAUGAUGUUUUUAAAGUCAACAGUAUUUUUACAAUAGGCUUCAGGGAAAUCGCUCCAUCCAGUAAAGUUUCACUCAGGAUUACGACUUGGCAGUCUCGUCAAUGUUGUGUGUGUACCAGAUUGGUCAGAACUUAUUUUAUUAAUUCUAUCAUAUGGAUUGGUUAGUAAUGUUUAUGAUUCAUAUAACCUUUUCAAUAAUGAACUAAAUUACAGUAUCUGGACUUCGUGGUUAAAUCACUACAUUGUGCCAGCAUGGUAUAACAAGUAUUUAACUAUAUUCCAGUCAGGGAAAAUCAGUCUUUACAUAGGUUCUGAAGAUUGUAAAUGUACCCACAUUCUUGUGUUUUGCAAUGAACAGCUGUAACUAUUUAAUGAAAUUUACAUUUAUGCAUUCAUAAUUUUAACAAAAUGUAACAUUUUUUUCAUUAACUUUCCACUGGCUACAGCCCUUUAGCGUUUUCCUUGAUUGCUGCUAAUAAUUUGAUUUUCAUCCCAUGCCGUCUUCUCAUAUAAGGAGUAAAGACAUAGUUGUUCCUUAUUCCCCUAAGCAAGAGUAUACAUUUGGUGUGAUGUAUAUCAGUAAAUUCUUUUAAAAUUUUUAAUGUUCGAAUAAAAGUUGUCAAAAGUAGAAUGGGAAGUGUAUAUAUAGAUUAGUGACAAUUCUUACUUUCAGCUGAGUUCUCUGUAUAAAAGAUCAGAACAGGAAGAUAUUGCUCACCUGUACAUGCCAUUCUUAAAUGAUAAAUUGUCUCAUCAUUGGACAAAUGCAGCACAUAUUCAUACAAACGUUUGAAUUUCUUUCUAAGCGAGAGAAUGUAUUAAUGGUUCUGUUUUGCUUAUUCCCUCAAAAAACAUGUGAUUGAGUUUUUGGUUCUGUGAUGACGGCAUUUCUGUGCAUGAAAACAACCUGUAGCCCUUCAUUCACGGCCUAUUUGUGCUCCAUCAAAAUACAAGCUAACGAUGACUGUUGUCAUCAUAUGCUGCAGAGAAGUGAUGCAUCUUGUAUGCAAUUGUAGCAUAAGGGAUGUCCAUGGGUGUAUGUUUUCAACCACAGCUGGAAGAAGGUUGCAAUAUUGACCAGAAAAUAUUUAUCCUUGAGCAAAAACUGCCUUUUCUGAUGUUUAAAGGUUAUGGCUUGUUGUGAAUUUUAACAUUCAGCUGCUUGAGUUACACAUGUUCGUUUUUCUGUUGAGUUAGUUUGGCUUUCAACUGAAAUUAUUGUUACAUGUGGCACAAGUUUAAUUACAUUGUAUAUUUACCAUGAAAUACCCCAAUGAUACAUGUAUAUGUAUGUCUUUGAUGCUUCUUAAGAAUAAAGAUAUGUGUGUUUUA